AUGGGCAGUGGGACAUCAAACAAUCAGUUAAACAAUUAUAGGUAUCUAUGAUUUAGACUGGUAAGGAUGCUAUCUCUACUUUAAGAGCCUGAAAGAUUGAAAACAGAUCCCAGUGAUUUUAAUCUCAGAUGGGAUGAUACAACUUUGUUUUCGCAUAAAAAUAAACUCAAACAUUAGACUAAUCUUCUUGAAAUAGUCAGAAAUGUGCCUUCUAGAAUAGUUCUAAAUCAAAAUCCAUAAAAUUUGUAAGCCUUUAAUGCGAAGUCUCCAGGGAUCAAGAAGCCCUUCCUUGAGUAUGCAACUACAAAUUUGAUUGAUGUUAUUAGGAAAUCAAAGAAAAUUGAAGUAAGAUUGAGUAAAUCGUAUGAGAAAGUAGAAAUAUCAAUGGAGAAAUAUUUGAGCAUUAAGGAAUCCUAGAUGCUAAGCUCUCAGAGACAGAAGCAACCCAGGAAAUCCUUAUAAGUCUAACACACACUAGAAGUGGUCCAAACUUCACAUUUGGAGAAGAGUGUAAAUGAAGAAGGCAUGGCAUAAAUUAACUAAUAUACUGUCCUAGAAUCAUUGGGACAAGGAGCCUUUGGAAAAGUGAAAAAAGCAUAAAAUUUUAAAGGCGAAAUCUUUGUAGAUAUAUUAACUCAAUUUCUUAGGCAAUUAAAAUAGCAAAUAAAAAAAAGUUAAAAAAGAAACUGCUUUCAAAAUCAAAUGCUUAUACCAUGUUAGAAAGAGAAAUAGCCAUCAUGAAAAAGGUAUCAGGACUGUUAAUUAGAUAUCCCACGAAAACGUAGUUCAAUUAUUUGAGGUAAUCGAUGACCCAAACAAAGAUAAGCUCUAUUUGGUUAUGGAAUACAUGGGCAAAGGAAGUAUCUUAAGCAAAGGGUUCUUUAAAAAAUAGAAAACUACCUCCAACAUAUUGGAUGAAAUUGAGGACAAAAAUCCCUUGCUUAAAUUGACAGAAGAGCAAUGUCGCCAUUACUUUUCUGAUUUUAUAAAAGGGUUGUAUUACUGUAAAAUAGUAUUCAAUAUUCAGUACAUGAAUGUGUCAAUGUGAUUCAUAGAGAUAUAAAACCAGAAAACCUAUUAGUCAACAUAAACAAUUAGCUUAAGAUUGCAGAUUUCGGAGUUUCUCAUAUCAUGGAAGACGGAGGAGAUGGUCGCAUAUCCAAUUAGACAGGCACUCAAGCAUACUUAGCUCCAGAGGUAUUUAAAGGUACGGAUGGAGUCUAUUAUUUAGGAUAGAAUUUUGAUGGAAAACCAGUUGAUAUCUGGGCAGGAGGAGUAACUCUGUAUUAGAUGGUCUAUGGAAAACUGCCAUUUACAAGUUAGAAAUCAAUGGAGUUGAGAUAACAAAUAUUGGAGGACAAGUUAGUUAUUAUUGUUAUAUAGUCCACCUUUUACUUAGCCCUAAGGAUUUUCAAAUUCAAUUAUUAAAUUAUUGUAGGGUUUAUUAUAAAAGUCUCCUGAAAAAAGGUUGAAAAUUGAUUAGAUCAUUAUGGAUGAUUGGGUAACUGAUUUCGGUAAGUAGCCAAUAAUUAAUUAAUAUAUUGAAUAUAUUGAUGUCACCGAAAUGGAUAUUCGAUUUGCCUUGACUAGUCUUAAUAUUUAAAUGGCAUUGAAAAUAGUUGUAAAAUUGCUUUAUUAAGCUAAAAAAGCUAGAAGGAAAAUUGCAGAAAGAAAAAAGAUGCAAAAAUGA